AUGGGUCUGAGAAUCGUGACUCUGCUGUCCGUCUUCUUGUCUCUGUGGGCUCUCGCGGUAGCCGAGUCGAUUCCCAAGACCGAUUACGAUGUGAUUGUCGUCGGCGGUGGCCCCUCGGGUCUCAGUGCCCUGAGUGGCGUCUCUCGUGUCCGGCGAACCGCAUUACUGUUCGACAACCAGGAGUACCGCAAUGCCCCUACUCGUAACAUGCACGACGUCAUUGGCAAUGACGGCACCCCGCCCGCUGAGUUCCGUGCCCUGGCUCGCGAGCAGAUUCUCAAGUACCCCACGGCUCACAUCAAAAACGCGACCGUCAAGUCCAUCACCCCAAUUGGCAAUGCCGAAGUCUCGGUAUUCUCCGUGGUGGAUGCGUCGGGCAAGAACUACACUGCGCGCAAGGUCGUUCUCGGCACCGGUAUGCGGGAUGUGCUUCCCAACACCCCCGGCAUGGAGGAAGGCUGGGGCAAGGGCAUCUUCUGGUGCCCCUGGUGUGAUGGGUACGAGCACCGUGACCAGCCCUUCGGUAUCAUCGGAAACCUGUCCGAUGUGUUGGGCAGCGUGCUGGAGGUGAACACCCAAUUCUCCGACAUCAUUGCCUUUGUCAACGGGACCCAGACCCGGGCGGGUGAAGCCCAGGCCACGGCUUCGCACGAGGACUGGGAGGAGCAGCUCAAGGCCUGGAAUGUCAAGAUCGAGAACCGCACUAUCGCCUCCAUUGAGCGCAUUCAGGAUGGCGAGACACACCAGAACAAGACGGCCGAUCUGCAGUUUGACAAGUUCCUGGUGCACUUCACCACCGGGGAGCCCAUCGAGCGCAAUGCCUUCAUCACCAACUUUGCGUCCGUGCAGCGCUCCUCGCUGCCGUACCAGAUGCACCUGAACGUCAGCCGUGAGAAGAUCACGGUCGAUACGAGCGGCAUGCGCACCAACCUGACGGGUGUCUAUGCCGUCGGCGAUGCCAAUAGCGACGGCAGCACUAAUGUCCCGCACGCUAUGUUCUCCGGCAAGAAGGCUGCUGUCUACCUUCAUGAUUCCGCAUCCAAGAUCUCCAAGCGCACUGGCUUGACUCCGCGUGAGCUGGAGAAGGAGGCUAACCGCGCCAUUGGCCGUAACCUCGAGCCCCAGUGGGAGAAGGUUCAGAAGCGGAACUGA